GGUGGUCCCUACUUCUCCAAAGUGUUGCCAAGUUCCUACGCGAGCCAUCAUCCAAAAUCGGGUGUUCUUACUUCAAAUCACCCAAAAAGAGGGACUUUUAGCGUUUGAUGAAAAGAAAUUGAUUCUUAAUGAUUUUUGGAAAGAAUUUGCGUCUUUUUCGGCCACAAUGUAUGGGUUUCAUUCCAUCGACUCGUUCAUGGUUUCAUAAUGCCAGUGUUCAACAGAGUAUUUUAGGAAGAAUCAAAGACAUGUUUGGAAAAGAAAAACAAAAAGGAAAAGAACAGAUUCCCGAGAAAGAUCUCCCUACGUUAGAGGUAGUAUUUCCAAAAAAAAGAACGCGCGACUCGAAAUGGAAAGGACAGCAACUUUUUGAGAAAUUUGCCGGUGAAAAACUUAAUAAAACUGAGAGUCUUGCUGUUAUCGAGGACCUUCGUUCUUCCGAAAAAUUACAUGCUCCUUGGUCUCCAGAAGAUCGUUUGCGUGCUGCAAAGUUAGCAUAUAAAAAGACUGGACACAUUGUUUAUGAUUCUCCAUUACAAGGACUUUCUAACUGGGAUGAUAUGUAUCGGUACUACGAUCUUCAUGUUAAAUAUGGAGAUACCACUGUGCGAGGACGCACUACUUGGAAACCUACAGAAGAGUUGAUGCAUCUACCAAAUGUUGUUUUGCAUGUUGAUAAAAAUGGGUUUCCCACUGAAGAUCAAACAACAGGAAAGCCAGUGAAGGCAUCUGAGUCCAUCUAAACAAUAUCCUUUUUACUUCUAACAUUUUGUGUACUAGCAUAUUAUCUUUACGCUUAAUAAUUUCUUCUCUCGUCUGGUUUCCUUUUUAGCCUAUUUUUACUGCUUAUAAAAGCUAAUCCCUCAUGUAUCCCUCAUAUGUUGUUAAGUUUUCGUACUCCCAUCUCCAGUGAAUUCUUCUAUUAAUUAAAAUAAAAUUGAUACUCGAGAAGCAAAAGUUCGCCAUUGUAUUAUUGCUAGCAAUGCUUUGAGAUUUCGAGAAUGAGGUAGCUCAAGGUUAAUGUUUCCAUUGCAAAGUAGAAGGAAGGCUCUUUUAAAAUCCAUGAAUAUAAAAUAGUUUAAUAAAGAGGAAGACCUCUGAUGUUCUGAAAUAUGACAGCUCAAAGCUCCAGCUCAACUCAAAGCUCGUGUUCUACAUCUUGUACAAAGUAAGGAC